UAUGAAGCAUUCAGAAUCUCUUUUUCAACAGUCUAUUGUUUAAACAUUGAUUAUGAAUUCUUUUUCUGAUCUCUAAAAUAUCUGACUUAGCCUUAUUUUCCUUAAUUUGGGUAAAUGACUAUGAUAGUUGAUUGCGUUAUUUCCAGUUGAUUUUCAUACGCUUCUUACUUAAAUUUUUAUAUCCAAAUAUAAAAAAAAAACGUUGGAUUAUACAUUGAGAGUAAUCGUGAUCGUUAUACUUUGUCUGUGUGUUGACAUCGUAAUUGGCUUAUGAGCAAAUUCGAAUUUGAUAUAUAUUUUCUCUAUAUGAUUUUAUUCUUCCAAAAGGUAAAAAUAUGAGACGGUACCUUGGCUCCGUCAUUUCAAACCCUCGUCCUGCUCAAGCUCUUGGCAUUAAUCACCCUCUUAUAGUCUUUUGCUUCAUUGCUACUAGAACUUUGUCAUUAGCUCCUGCUGUAUAUUGGUGCUUAAAAUGUUUGCACCUUUUCUUUUUUGGUGAUGGUCGUGCAUGGCUAGCACUGACAUCUGCUCUCUGGACAAUUGUUUCAGGGUACUUGUCUUUUGUGUUAACUACGGGAUUUCUUUUAAAAUGGCUUAUUCAUUAUUCAAUCGCUCCCACAAUAAUCCGUUUAUUGUCCCUCAAUGUUAUCAGCUUUUCCUUUGUUUCCUUGAGUGUCAAUUUCAUUACUCACGGCGAUAAUUCCCUUUUGCUCCCCGCUUGGAUUGCAAUAUCUUGUUUUCAAACUGCUUCUUACAUCGUUCAGGAUUGGAUUACUUCCCCCAUUACCCGAACUGCCCCAUUUCCGUCUUCUUCAUCCGCCGGUAAUUCUCUUUCAAACAGACAUAAUUUAGAUUUCUUAGAAAUCACAGUCUUUGCUGUUGUUCCUGUUGGUAUUGCAAGUUUUUUCACAAUGUUGAUGCUGCUAUGGCAGAUCUAUAAUGACCCGAUUUACUUUCUAGACUCCUGAUAUCCGUUUCAAGUCUUUUAAUUCUACCAAUCCAAAACUAUUCAUCUAUUUUUAAUAUUUCUUUCUUUAGGGCUAAUAUAUCUAGAUAAUCAUAGUUCUUGCAAAUUAAUUUAUAGUCAAUUCACAGUUGAAGUCGUAAACAUUUAUUAAAGAUCUUUAUUUAUAGUUUUUUUCGCAAUAAAUAUAUUUAUAUUCAGAA